AUGGCCCAAACUCUGUAUUUCAUUCUUCUUCUCAUUGCUCUCUGCUCCGUAUCUGAAUGUGUUCAGCGUCAGUAUCACUUUAUAAAUGAGGAGAAGACCUGGACUGAAGCUCAGAGAUACUGCAGAGAGAAUUACACAGAUCUGGCCACCGCUGAAAACAUGAACGACAUGAACGAGCUGAAGAAGAGUGUGAAUGAUUCAAGUGUUCAGAAUUUCUGGAUUGGGCUGCAGAAGACGGGUCGUGAUGAAUGGCACUGGUCUUCAGGUGAACCUGCGCUCUAUCUGAACUGGCAUACUGGAAUACCAAAUCUUGGUGCAGAAGAAUGCGUUAUGAUCUCAGGUGGACAAUGGUAUGCUUUGGGAUGUAAUCUGUACCUAAAUUGUAUUUGCAAUUCCUCCAAUAACAACACAGAACUUGUCUUUGUCAAUCAGGCGAUGAAAUGGAGAGCCGCUCAGAGUUACUGCAGACAGAAUCACAUUGAUCUGGUCAGUGUGAGGAACCAGAACGAGAAUCAACAGAUUCAGGAGUUCAUUAGUGACAGAAAUUUAUCAGGAUCACAGAUCUGGAUCGGUCUGUUCAGAGACUCAUGGCAGUGGUCAGAUCAGAGUAACUCUUCAUUCAGAGACUGGGACACUCGUGAACCUGAUAAUAAUGGAGGAAAUGAAAACUGUGCAGCUCUUAAUUUUCAGAGAAAAUGGUUCGACGUCUCUUGCACCAAUCAAUAUCCUUUUGUGUGUUAUGAAGAUCCUGAACUGAUUGUGAUCAGAGAGAAUGUGACGUGGUCUGAAGCUCUGAGAUACUGCAGACAGAAUCAUGUGGAUCUGGUCUCGGUUCAUUCAGAAGAGAUGCAGCGUCGUGUGAUGAACGUGGUUAAACGUGCGUCGUCUGCGGAGGUGUGGUUGGGUUUACGUCACUCCUGUAUUUUGGGCAUCUGGUUCUGGGUGAGUGAAGAUACCGUGUGCUAUCAGAACUGGGCUCCAGGGAACGGCACAUCAGAGGAGGACUGUGAACACACAGUGAGAUCUGGAGCAGUUCAGUCUGGAGGAGAUCAGCGCUGGAUCAGUCUUCCUGAGACUCACAAACUCAACUUCAUCUGCACAACUUAAGACGAUUAAAGAACAUGUGAAUGCCUGUAUGUUUAAUUCCUUUAUCUUACUCUUUCCAGGUCUGAAGGUUAAAUACAUGUGUACUAUUUUUCUACAGAUAAUGUUACAUACAUAGUUCAUGCAAUCUUUCAGUAAUAUAUUACUGAGCUGUGAAGUGUAGAUGGUCUGUAUUUCUCCAGGUGGAUGAAUCAGUGUAGGUGGUGUUUGGUUAAGGACUUAGAGUUAGAACUGCUGUUUUUAAUGUGUUUGCUUUUACAAACUCUUUCGAAAUGUACUUUUGUGUUUUAUUCAGUAACUGCAGAAUUUUGAGACAUUCAUCUGCCAGUUUAAUUUUAUUAGGGGCC